AUGUCACAUGCACACCUUCACCAGGAGCCAGCCAGAAACAGCUGGCUAGAUGAUGCUAAAGCCCGCUUGAAAAAGCAUGAUAUUGGAACCAAGUUUUCCCACUUGCUGCCCAGCAAGUGUUCUGUCAUUUUACUACUGAUGGUUAAGGGAGGAAAACUCCAUCUGUUAUUCACCCUCCCAUCAGAGAAGCUAAGAACUCUUGACAACCCUGUUGUGGGAUUCGUAGACCAAGAUUUGGAGCUCCACCCUAACCCUGAUGACAUGAAGGAUGUGUUCCUGAUGCCACUGGACUAUUUCCUCCACCCACACGUCUACCACCAGAACUGCGGCCACCACUUCAUCUUUCACUGCUUUGAGGACUGCAAUCCUGCGAAUGGUGUGACUUACCAGACCAAGGGAAUGACCGACAACUUGGCGAUGCUGCUUGCUUUAAUUAUUUUAGAAAAAAGGCCCACCUUUGAGGUGGAGUCCAAUCUGGAUGAUCCAAUAACAUCUUCUGAAGAGUCCUUGUUGAAGCUGCAUGAAUCCAUCACCAGCAUAUUAUGA